CAAUAAGGAACAUAACCAAGUUCCAUGAGCGAGGCGAGCUGUCAAAAAUAAAAAACACGUGUGGUAGUGAUAGUUGAAUAUAGUGGUUUAAAAUUAAGAUUCCAGUGGAUCUUUAAUAAUCUUCGUUAUAAUUAAAUUGUAAACCAUGGGACGUAAAGCAAAAUUCGAUGAAACAAAAAAAGUAAAAAAGGGUCCUGGUAGAAAAGCUAAGAAACAAGGAGACCCUGUCUUCCGCAAGGAAUUGAUUGAUGAUGAUGAACCAAAAAAACUAAGCCACAGGCAAAAGCAGCGGGCUGCAAGGCGAGUGAAGAAAAAGACGGAAUUAGCAGAGAAGAGAAAAUCUCUCAAAGAGGCGAAGAAAAAUGUCGCCAAACAGACUGAGUUAAAGGUUGAGGAGAACUCUGAUAAUGAUUCUAAUGAUGAAAAUGUACAAGGAUUUACUGAUGAUAAUAAAGAGUGGUUGAAGCCAAAACAAAAUGUGAAAAGCAAAAAGACAAAGGUACCUGACACCGAUGAUAGUGACAGUGGCCAUGACGAAGGUUCUGAGGGUGAAAGUAGUGAUGGCAGUCCAGAAGAGGCAGGAAAAACAGGUCCUGGAGAGAAAUACAAGGUUGGUACUUUGGAUGACCUCUUUCAAGAUUCAGAUAAUGAAAAUGACGAAGCUGCAUCAGAGGAUGAAGGUGCAGAAAUAUCAGGGAAAUUGGAAUACAACUCUGAUUCUGAUGAAGAAAAAAGUGAUGAUGAUGAUGACGGCGAUAAUGACAUGCUUCCAAUAGAGAAGGCAAAUCUUAAACUUAAAAAAAAGCAAAAAUUGGACAAGAAGUUAGCUGAUGAUGAGAUGCAAUUAAAUAUAUCUAAACAGGAUGUUUUUGCAUUCCCCACAGAAGAGGAACUUGAAAAUCCAACCAGUUUGCAGGAUGUUCAUCAGAGGAUAAAAGAUGUGGUUUCAGUACUGACUGAUUUUAGUCGCUUAAAACAGGAAGGUCGGUCACGUUGUGAAUACACAGACCUGUUACUGAAAGACCUCUGCACAUAUUACAGUUACAAUGAAUUCCUCUUGGAAGUGUUGAUGCAAAUAUUUCCAGUUGAAGAAUUGGUUGAGUUCUUAGAGGCCAGUGAAGUUGCAAGGCCAGUAACAAUUAGAACAAACAGCCUUAAGACUAGAAGAAGAGAUUUAGCUCAGGCUCUGAUAAAUAGAGGUGUUAAUCUGGACCCUGUUGGUAAAUGGAGUAAAGUGGGUCUUGUUGUCUACAGUUCUACAGUGCCCAUUGGUGCAACACCUGAAUAUUUAGCUGGCCAUUACAUCUUACAAGGAGCAUCAAGUUUCUUGCCUGUUAUGGCAUUGGCUCCACAAGAAAAUGAAAGAAUACUGGACAUGUGUGCAGCUCCUGGUGGUAAAGCAUCUCAUAUUGCUGCUAUUAUGAAAAAUACUGGAGCACUAUUUGCAAAUGAUGCAAACAAAGAGAGGACAAAGGCUGUAGUGGGCAAUUUUCACAGACUGGGUGUUGUUAAUGCUGUAAUCUGUAAUUAUGAUGGCCGUGAAUUCCCAAAUGUGAUCAAAGGGUUUGAUAGGGUUUUGUUAGAUGCCCCAUGCACUGGUACGGGAGUCAUUGCUAAAGAUCCCAGUGUAAAAACAACGAAAGAUCAAAAAGAUAUUCAAAGGUGUUUCAAUCUUCAAAGGCAGUUGUUGCUAGCAGCCAUAGACUGUUGUAAUGCUAAGUCUAGCACAGGUGGAUAUAUUGUAUACUCCACUUGUUCAAUAUUGCCUGAAGAAAAUGAAUGGGUGGUGAAUUAUGCCUUGAAGCGAAGAAAUGUUAAAUUGGUUCCAACUGGCCUUGAUUUUGGAACUGAAGGUUUUGUAAAAUACAGACAUCAUAGGUUCCACCCAUCUUUGAAACUGACAAGAAGAUUUUAUCCUCACACACAUAAUAUGGAUGGUUUCUUUGUUGCAAAACUGAAGAAAUUCUCUAAUGUUAUUCCUGAACCUGUCAAGGAUGAGGAUGAUGAAGAAGAAAAUAAAACAGUGCCUGAAGCGGAACAGAAUGGUGAUGCUGAUUCCAGUGAUGACGCCAAGGCAAAUAUCACAAAGAAAAUCAAUGCCGUUAAAAGACCAGCUGAACUUGUUGAUAUUGGUCCUCAGAAAAAGAAAAAUAAGCCUCAAGGUGGCAAAAGCACUAAUCCUAAUGCUGCUCAGUCACAACCAAACGAAGGUAAGAAGAAAAAGCAUAAAAAGAAUAAGAAAAACAAACUAGCAACUGAUGGUGAAAAUAAUAAGCAAAUUAACAAUGUAGCCAACAUUCAAAGCAAUAAAGACAAUAAUGGUCAAGAAAAAACUGGCAAGAAGAAAAAGAAUAAACAAAAGAAUAAAAUUACUAAUGGAGAUAACAUGAAAAGCAAUGCACAAGUGGGCACAGGAACAGUAAAUAGGGUCCAAUCAGUUUCAAGUAAUACCAUAAGUUCAAGUCCAAUUAAGAAAAAUAAGGACAAAUAUAAGCCGUCAGGAGGUGUCAAUGCUAUAACUGGCAGUAAAAUUGAAAAUAAAAUACCAGAAAAUUUGGAAGCAGCAGUUGCGAAAAAACUGAAAAAUAAAAUGAAGAAACAGAAAAAGAAAAUAGGAGGUCUGAAAGAAAAGAGCGUUAUAAAACCACAGAAGAAACCUCAACAGGGUAUGGGGAAAAAAAUCAAAACAUAAUUUAUUGUUUUAAGUGAGAUUAUAAUAAAUUACUUAAUUGAUUUUUAA